CUGUCGAAUUACUCUGUUGCGGGAUAACAACAAAAACCUUACCCCAGUUCGAGUUUCUACACGAAUUUAAAAUGAAUAGUUUACGUUUUGAAUUCUAGAAUAGGCGCAUACCGCACCUUAAUUUAUCGACUGGGAGAAAGUUUCAAACGCAACAUAUUGUGUAUUCGUUAACAGUUGAACAUGUGGAUCUAGGAAAUAGUGAUCAAAACGCGGGAUACUCAGAAACAAGUAAAUCAGUGAAACAAUGAAAUGGAAACCAACUUGACCCACUACAAGGCACGCAUUCCAAAGUAAAAAUGAAAGUGACAGCAAGAUUAAAAUAUCUCAAGUGUCUACGUUGGUCUUACACGGUCCCUAUAUUGUGCUACUUCAUCUUUUUCUUCGCGAUAUGGAUGCUGGCAGUGCCGCUGAAGCAUAACAUAACAAUAAUCAAAGAACUCAAAGUGAAUCCGCCUGAAGAUUCGUUUGAAAUUAGAAUAAGAAACAGCAAUUUCAAUACCGAUAAGAGGACUGAAGAUGGCGAUGAAGACAAAAACGAGUAUCUGGUUAACGUGAAUGACGAGAACAAUUCUAGGAAGGAUCAGACGGGGAUUUUGAUGGAAGUUUUCGAAAAGGCAGACGAAGACAAGAACAGAAAACUCGAUUCCAAGGAGCUGUCUGUUUGGAUCAGAAGAAAAAUAAUGGAGCACAUCUCUUUAGCUGUCGGUGGCAACCACGAACUCUUCACGAUGAUCGACGUAGAUCCUCCUAACGGAGUAAUAUCCUGGAAGGAGUACCACACCUAUUUCUUGAAGAAGCGUGGCUUUAGCAAAAAGUAUGUAGAGAGCCAUGACGAGAAAAGGCACAAAGGGUUGCAGAGAUCUAUCAAAGAAAGGAUCAUGAAAGAUAAGGCGUCGUGGAUGGAGGCUGCUAGAUCCAACCCCGAUACACUUACCCUGGAUGAAUUUCUGGCGUUUACCCAUCCAGAAUCCAGUGUUGCCAAUCAGUUGGCUCUCGUUGACGAGUUAUACGACAAAUUUGACAGGGACGGAGAUGAAAUGUUGACGGAAGACGAGUUUGCAAUCCUUCAAACAGAAGGAAACGGCGACGAGACGUUGAUAGUGCGACAAGACGAAAACGAGCGUCGGGCAGAAUUUCGGAAAUCCAUCGACUUGAACGGCGAUGGGAAAGCGGACAGGAGGGAACUGCUCCACUACGUGGCUCCUCAGAGCCCCAGGCAUAGCGAGCACGAAGCAGAAGCUCUGCUUGCGCUAGCGGACAAUGACCACGACAACAUGCUGUCGCUAGACGAAAUCCUCGCGCAUCCUGACUUGUUCCUGAAAUCGAAAAUGGUGGACACUGCGAGGAGCUUUCACGAUGAAUUCUGAUGGUGAUUGGAUUUAUUAGAUUCUCGUUUGGGUGAUGGGGGAACACCAUUCAAUGUUCUCAGCAGAGAACAUAUGCACAAGUUGCAACUUGUGUAGUUACAGUAUGAUAAAUGGAUCUUUACACAUGUGUUAUCAAUUUGUAUAUCUUGAAUAAGUCGAAAAAGUAAUGAAAAUGAAACGCUUUGGGUAUUGAUCCGAAAAAAAUACUGAUCUACAGAUGGA